UAUUUCAACCCAUCCGUAGCAACUCCCUCCUCUGUCUCUCUCUCUCUCUCUCUGUUAACUGUUAUGUUCUUCUGCAGGUUCUCAUACUCUCUCCGAACUAUUGAGCAAGAAAAAGAAGCCUUUUGCUUAACCAGACAAAACUUACAGAAUGCCACUGCUUGUCCUUCUUCUUCUGCUGCUCGCCGGUCUGCUUCUCUCUCCGCCGCAGGCCCUGUCCCUGAACCAAGACGGUCUCUACCUCCUCCAGGCCAAGCGCGGUCUCUCCGACCCCUUGGGCGCCCUCUCCUCCUGGAACCCCCGCGACGCCGCGCCCUGCAACUGGACCGGCGUCGUGUGUGACCCCGCCUCCGCUGGCAGAGUCUACUCUGUCGACCUCCACAGCUCGCAGCUCGCCGGUCCCUUCCCCAUCAUCCUCUGCCGCCUUCCCUACCUCUCUUCCCUCAACCUCUCCGACAACUUCAUCAACUCCUCCCUCCCCUCCGACAUCUCCACCUGCCAGAAACUCACCGACCUCGACCUCUCCAUGAAUCUUCUCGUCGGCUCCGUCCCGGGAUCCCUCUCCAAGCUCCCCAAUCUCCGGAACUUGGACCUCUCCUACAACAGCUUCACCGAGAUCGAACCGGGUCUCGGAGAGGCCCCGCGGCUCGAGUCGCUAUUGGUCGUGUACAACCUCCUCAACAGCACUCUGCCCGCCUUCCUCGGCAACAUCUCGACCCUCAAGAUUCUCAAGCUCCCUUACAAUCCGUUCACUCCGGGCCCACUCCCGAGCCAACUAAGUAACUUGACCCAGCUCGAGGUCCUCUGGCUCAGCGGCUGCAACCUCGUCGGUGAAAUCCCAGACAGCCUCGAGAAACUGACCCGCCUUACCAACCUCGACCUUUGUAUGAACCGGCUCACUGGUCCAGUCCCGAGUUCACUUACGGGGCUGAGAAGUAUAUACCAGAUUGAGCUGUAUAACAACUCUCUGUCUGGCGAGUUGCCAUCGGGAUGGUCCAACUCGACGACCCUAAGAAGGUUCGAUGUGUCCACGAAUCAGUUGAGUGGGACGAUCCCUGCCGAUCUCUGUGAUUUGCCUUUGAGUUCGCUCAACUUGUUCGAAAACCGGUUUGUAGGGCCCUUGCCGGAGGGAAUAGCUCGGUCCAAGAAUCUGUACGAGCUUAAGCUAUUCAACAACCAACUCAGCGGCCCCCUCCCAAGUGACCUCGGGAAGAACUCGCCACUUCAGAGCCUCGACCUGUCCUACAACCAGUUUUCGGGUCAAAUCCCCGAGAACUUGUGCGCGCACCGGCAGUUGGAGGAUCUCGUGCUGAUCUAUAACAACUUCUUGGGUCCGAUACCUUCCGAUUUGGGUCAAUGCACAAGCCUCAAUCGUAUCCGUUUGAAGCACAAUAAGUUGUCCGGAUCAGUGCCUGACGGUUUAUGGGGAUUGCCCCAUGUAUCUCUCUUCCAAAUCGCAGAGAAUGCACUCUCUGGGCAAGUCUCAAAUUUGAUCACCGGCGCUUACAAUCUCUCCGUUCUGGAUAUAUCGAACAAUCUCUUUUCUGGUUCCAUACCUGAUGGAAUUGGCUCAUUACGAAGACUUGUGGAACUUUACGGUAGUAGUAACAACCUCUCGGGACAAAUUCCAGACAGCAUGGUCAAUUUGAUGGAGCUGAGCACGCUGGAUUUCAGCAAUAAUGAAUUGUCAGGGGAGAUUCCUGAUGGGAUUAAGGCAUGGAAGAUGCUAAAUGAGCUCAACUUGGCAAACAACAGAUUGUCAGGCCAAAUUCCAGAAGAAAUCGGAAGCUUGCCCGUGCUUAACUAUCUUGAUCUUUCCGGGAAUUAUUUUUCAGGAAAAAUCCCGCUCGAGUUACAAAACCUGAAGCUCAACGCGCUAAACCUGUCAAACAAUCAGCUCUCAGGUGACCUCCCACCAAUGUACGCAAAAGACGUCUACAGAAACAGCUUCCUGGGCAAUCCCGGACUGUGUGGUGAUCUACCCGGUCUCUGCCCUAGGAGGGUCGAAAACAGGAACUUUAAGUACUUAUGGAUGCUAAGCUUGAUUUUUGUGCUUGCGGCCAUUGUUUUCGUGAUCGGAGUGGCAUGGUUCUGCUGCAAAUACCGGACCUUCAAGAAAUCGACCAAGAAAGGGAUGACGAUCUCAAAGUGGAGAUCCUUCCACAAGCUGGGCUUCAGUGAGCUCGAAAUUGCCAACUGCCUCAGGGAAGAUAAUGUGAUCGGCAGCGGAGCUUCAGGGAAAGUCUACAAAGUCGAGUUGAGUAACGGGGAAGUAGUCGCAGUGAAGAAGUUGCGGAAGGCAACUAAGAGAGAGGAUGAAAUGUUUGGAUCCGAGAAAGAUGGGUUCCAAGUCGAGGUCGAGACUCUAGGAAAGAUUCGACAUAAGAAUAUCGUAAGAUUGUGGUGCUGCUUUAACAAUGGAGAUUGCAAGAUGUUGGUCUACGAGUACAUGCCGAAUGGGAGCUUAGGGGACAUGUUGCACGGACUUAAAGGAGGUUCCCUGGACUGGCCCUUAAGGUACAAGAUAGCACUCGAUGCAGCCGAGGGUCUGUCAUACUUGCACCACGACUGUCUCCCCCCGAUCGUUCACAGGGAUGUGAAGUCGAAUAAUAUUCUGCUGGAUGGAGAGUUUGGGGCUAAAGUUGCAGAUUUUGGGCUGGCCAAGAUCGUUAAAGUCGGGAAGGGUGAUGAGUCGAUGUCAGUAAUCGCCGGAUCUUAUGGUUAUAUUGCACCAGAAUAUGCCUACACUCUCAGAGUGAACGAAAAGAGCGACAUAUAUAGCUUCGGAGUCGUCAUUCUCGAAUUAGUGACAGGGAGACCUCCAAUCGAUCCGGCAUUUGGGGAGAAAGACUUGGUGAAAUGGGUCUGCGCCACGCUAGACCAGAAAGGACCCGAUCAAGUGAUCGACCCCAAAAUCAGUCCCGUUCACUGGAAAGAAGUGUGCAGGGUACUUGAUGUCGGCAUCCAUUGCACGAAUUCCCUACCCAUAAACCGCCCCUCGAUGCGGAAGGUAGUGAAGAUGCUGCAGGAAGCAGGCGGGGGGAAUAGCAAAGAGAGUACUACCAAGAAGGACGGGAAGCUCUCGCCAUACUACUACGAGGACGCUUUUGAUCCAUAAACAAUGGAUCCAAAACCUAGUCGUCACAACCUUAAGAUGUAGAAAACCGAAUUUCAAACUCAUCGAGAAAUAUUUCUUCUUUUCGCUAUUAGAUCAGCAGCUUAGCGAGUCUAAUUAUGUCAGGUGGUAGGACUGGCGAAGUAACAUGCAAAUAGUGAAAAUUUCAAAUGCAAAGUUGGAAGUUAGAAACUUGAAUUUUCAUGUCAAGAGAUUAUGGGUCCUACUUUGAAUUUUGCCCUGCAUUUUUUUGUCUUUGUUGAAUAGGUGAUAGUGAAUGUAUCCAUCUGUAUGGAUUGCACAUCCUCACAUUGUGUUAUCUUAAAUGGGGAGGGGAGGACGGUGGGUUAGCGUUGGACGAUUGCCUUUGAUAGGCCGCCUCUCAUUUAUAGUAUGCGUUGGGACCCUUUGCCUUUGUC